AUGGCUUCACAAAUAUAUGGAAGUUUCAGGAAAGACAGAAAGCAAGCUGAAAUUUUGAACAUAGGGAAAGCACCCGUCUUCGUUUGCAGCUCUGCUGAAGUGAAGUGCUCCCUCUGCAUUGUGGGGAUUCAGGCCCUGGCGGAGAUGAACCGCUGGCGGGAAGUUCUGCCAUGGGUCCUGCAGUACUAUCAGGUCCCAGAGCAUCUGCCUGCCAAGGUGCUGGAGCUGUGUAUCCUGUUAUAUAGCAGAGUGAGAGAGCCGCAGGUCAUGCUGGAGGUUGGCAGUAGCUGGCUGAGAGACAUAACCAAUAGGAGCCUCCCUGAGUAUGGUUCAUUGCUGGAGCUCUACCUGUUGCGUGUUUUGCUUCCCCUGGGCCAGUUUGAGGGGGCAGAAGAGCUUGUACGGGGCUGCGAAGUCUUGGACAGUGUGCAACAGCUAGCACUUCUCAGGACCAUUUGUGAAAGCCAAUGUCAGUGGACUCAACAAGAAGAGAUGCACUCUGCUGCUGAAGGGCAGCAGGGCACCUCAAGAGAGACAGUUCUGGGUACUCUGCCCCAAAAGCUCUUGACCAUGUUGACAUUGCUCCGUAGAGCACUGAGGUCCAUAUCAAGCCACUUCCAUUUAAUUCCUUACAAAAAGAUGUUCUUGGCUGCCUUUAUGCUAUAUCUGGUGGUGAGAUUAGACCCAG